GAGCAGUUAGUGCAGAAUUACAUACUCGUUGCAUUUCAGUGGUUAUAUUUUACCCGAAAAUAUGUAUUGACCUUUAAUUAAAUAUAAUACAAAAUGAAAGGUUUAUAGCUUGUGUGUGGAAGUCUGUUGAGGAAGAUGAAGCCAGCCCGGGGGUCAUCCAGAGCAUCUACGCGGGGUCCUAAAGCCGCAGGUCGACAUGGUAAAACAUUGCCACAAAAACGAUUGCCUGAUGAUAGGAAUGCACAGGAUAAGCCAGGAGAGAAAGCACCUGCAGAGCCUAGAAAGGUCAAAGGUAGGGAGAAAUGGAAACCAUUAACCAAGUCCUCCAUCAUGGUUCUCGACAACAUGCUGAGUUUAUCAAUACUGUCUGUUCUUCCAUUGAAAGCAAAAGAAAAAGAAGAAUUACAGAAGCACCUGAACAUAUUAAAAGACCAGUUCAUGGCGAAAUGUUCUCACCUCCCUGUGCCACCUCAGAAACGUGGAAACAUGAUGCACAUGUCCCAGCAGAUCCACAGAGAGAACCAGAUGGUUAAGCACGGCAAAAAGAAAAUCGAGGAAUUAGAGGAGAGCAGCCAGGCAGUGGUUAGUGCACUGGAGUUGUUACAGGUCAAGAUGGACAGAUUGGAGAGUGAGUGCAAGGUCAUGAGGGACAAACUGAAGGAAGAAGAGUCAAAUGCACAGCAGUUUUUUCAGCUGACUGAGCAAGCUGUACUGCACCUUCCUGUUUUAUCACUUUGUGAAGAUAAACCCACAUUACAGGACAAGAUCAUGAAUGCGGUGGCUGACCCCAAAGCUGUCAUUAAUGCUCUGCAGGAAAGAAACGUAACUGCGAAUGCAAAAGCCUUUUUGGAGUUGGCCCAUAAGCAGAUAGAGCAACUGUGACUCUCAGUACAACUGUAUCAGUGAAUCACUAUCAUUUUCUUUAUUUUAAUGAGCAAAAAUUCUUCUGUAAAUGUAUUUUUUUUUUUUGUUGGCUCAGUUAUAUACUACUAUCAUUGUUUUACAACAAAAUUCAUAACGCUUGUUUUUUUUUUUUUAUCAAUUACUAUUAAUGUCAAAGUCACGGUUAUAACAGCUGCAAAGAAUAUAAGCAAAACAAAAGUAUUUAAACGGCACUGAAUUUACUAUUUUCUAUCCCAGUGUAAUUGCUCAGCUUUGUAUAAAUAAAAAAGUUUAUCUGCUUCUCCUGA